AUUCUGGCUUGCCCACACCUUUGCUGCUGAGGGCAUAGGACUAGUGGAGAGAGAGGGUGUGCAGUUCCAGCCACAGCUGUGAGGAGUCCUGUUAAAUGCUCGAGGACGCUUUCGGAGAGGGAAUCUGCUACUGCUGCUGAAGGGCUGAGAGAACAAUUAUAUCUGCUAGUGACAAGAUCUGAGGAAAGCAACACGAACCAUGCUGUCCCUUGGCGUCAUGAAAGAUGGCAUCAUUGUACCCAGCGAGGAGGAUCGGAAGAGGAUCAUUACCCAGAUGAAAGUGCGGACAACGCUGAAAGGGGAUAAAAGCUGGAUUCAGCAGAAAUCAGACUCUGAGGAGGAGCAGAAUCAUAGCCCGUUACAUUCACCACUGAGGACCAGGUGCACCAAUGGAAAAUUUUCUGCCUCACCAAGAACUUUGUCGCCAGCUCGCAGGUGCCUUUCUCCCAGAACAGCCUUUGCGGAACCGACUUCCCAAGCAGAACCACAGUCUCCAAAAAGUUCACCCAAAAAGUCUCACAGUACCACAUCGCCUUCUGGAUAUCUCAUCAGGGGAGUUUUCACCAAGACCAUUGAUAAGACUCCUCCUUCAAACACAUCAUCCAGUGGCUCACAAAAAAGUGCCAAGAGUGCCAGCCUACCCCGCUUCACUCAAGGAUACAAGAUGACUACUGAGGAAUAUAAAAGACUAGCUCCCUACAACAUCAAGCGAGAACUGUCAGACCCAGGUGAUGUGGAGCCAUCAGUUUCCCCAGAUGAGCAAAAGAAGAGGACGGAAGCUGCAAGUAGCGUGCUCAGGCGAACAGCCAGCAGGGAGCGCUCCUAUGUCAUUUCAGCUGCCAAGAAAAGCAAUGGAAGUCCAGUGCAAGAAGCGCCGCCUUUCAUGGCCAAGAGGGUCGACAUAGAGGACGACACUGGCCCACGUUCCAGGAGUCAGACAGUACCUGCCUCAGCAUGGUUCAGUAGCCGAGGAAAGAGCACCUCCAAUGGGGAAGGAAGGAGCGCUUCAGGUUCGCCCUGUAGUCAGCCAAGCAUGGUGAAUGCUGCUUAUACCACAAGCAUGGAAGAUUCAGGGAAUAGCAGAAACCCAUUCUCCCGAUCCCAUUCUGAAUCCUUAUUCAAGCAAUUUAGUUCCCUGGAAAGCAGUAACAAGACAGAUCAGGAGAAGUAUCAAAUGACUUCCUGGGACAAUUCUACUCCAAAAGCCCCUACAUCUCCUUCAAAGAGAAGUGAGAAGAAUGAAAGAAAAUCCCAGGCCACACUCAAUGCUGAAACACCAAGUACCAUUAUUUCUGAGGACAGCUGGGAAGCAAGAAAGCUGAAAAGUACAACAGUGUAUCAAACACCUCCAGUUCCUCACAUUGUCAUCUCCCCAGAGGCAAGCCCAAAGAGGUCCAGCUGUCAUUAUCGAACCAGGGAUGCCGACUCGACAACUGAGACAUAUGAUCGGUCCAUAACCAGAGAACACCUGAGUGAUGUAGAUGUUGGCUCUCCAAGAUCUGCCCCGGAUGACAAAGUGGGAAGCUCCAUCGGAGAGGUCAAAUAUGGGAGCCCAAGUUCACGAGUCACAGAAUUCAGUGAGCAUCAACCAGUCGCAGCCAAGGCCUGCUCUUUCACUAGGGACAGCACAGAUACUCUCUCGGGAGCAAGAUACAAUGUGCCCACCCACUUUGACAAUGAUAAGGGUGUUGAUUCAAAAAGAUCUUUAUCUGACUUUGAGAGGAAGGCUACACAAGAGAUGGCAUACGAGAGCCUGAGCGACACAGAGUACAGAAAGGUGGAAGCUCACCUGGCGAAAUCUGGCUCACGGUCCAGUGAAAGCAGUCUUAAUACCAGUGGCACCCAAAGCGAAUUCCUGAGAGCUGCCAAGAGGGAUGGAUCAGAACUGGACAAUGCCAGGUCCAGCUCCCUCUCUACAGAGAGCGGUGUUGCCACUUUGGAGAGCCAUCAAGGAGAGCAUGGAUCAGACUCAAGCGCAUCAGGUCUCUCCAGGGGGGUUGCUAUGGGCAUGUCUGAGGCCAGGCAUAGGACCUAUGUGGACAACCCCUGUGUUUUGGAGAGUGGUCACAGGACAUCGUCGAAUCUGAAUCGCCAGCCCAACAAUACUGUCAGAUCAGAAACUAGUUAUAGGAUGCCAUCGUAUCUGAGCAACCAGCCAUACAAUGCCAGGAAGUUGGAGAUCAGUCAUGGGAUAACAUCACACCUGAACAACCAGGCAUUCAACAUGCAAAGUAUGGCCUACUACCCCUUCAGAGAUGGCUCAGUGACUAGCUCUCCAAGGAGCCAUAGGAUGCCUUUCUAUAACGACAUUUGUGAUAGACAGAUCAGAAGGAAUUUGACGGGUUCAAAGGAGAGGGGUGCGGCUGCUUCUCGGCUUAAGAAUCCCUCAGCCUCUGGUUAUGACUCAGACCCCACCAUGUCAAGCAAAGGCCUCCUCUUUGUGAAGGAAUCCAUUAACAGCACAGAGUUGUCAUCCUCGCCCCGUUACAAUAGUCGCAGCCUGGCUGAUUUGUCUGAGCUGGAGAGGACAAGCUACGGCAGUGCCAGCUUUCUGAAUAGCAUCCCUCCCAAAAGACCCUCCGGAGACAUCUGCACUUAUUGUGGCCGUGAGAUCCGCAACUGUGCAAAGAUUACCAUUGAGAACCUCAAAAUCUGCUGCCAUGAAUACUGCUUCCGGUGUGGGAUAUGCCACAAGCCAAUGGGAGACCGCCUGCAUGAAAUCUUCAUUCAUCGUGACAUAGUCCACUGUGAUAAGUGCUAUGAGAAGCUCUUCUAGGAUUUCCUUAGCUUGGAAGAGCCCGGCCAGAGCAAAGUCUGUCUGCAGCCACAUGGACUAGGAUGAUUCCAGUGCCUUCCGACCAGCAGACAUCCCCGCUUCCUGUGCUCUCAAGUUACUCUCCUCUUGCCACUUUUUCCCAGGGAAAGCGAUUCACACCCACUCACUUAACUUUGCCAGCCACCUGGUAACAGGCAGGCUGGUCCUAAUAGGAACAAAACAAAAAGGCAGUGUCAACUGUCCCCAAAAACAGUACUGGAGAUUCUAAGUUGCUGAGCACCUCCGAGUCAUUUGUCUUGAGGGAAAUUUGUUGGGGCUAUGCAAUUCUAAGAAACCUGUCCAAGGGCUAAACUAAAUGAGAUGCAGGGGGGACACAGCGUUCCUAUUUGACAGGACAGCCCCUAUUCUGUAGUAUUAAUUUCUAGUAAAAUACUAUUCCUGGUUGCUUCCAUAUGACCUAUUUAUUGUGCAUUCGUCUUGAUUUGUUUGCACAAAGUUUGUGGGGAGACGUUAAAUGAUGUUGGCUACUUAUUGGGCAUUCAUUCUGAUUUGUUUGCGGGGAAGUUAUACAAUGUUGUAUUAAGCAAUUAUUAUUAUUAAGCAAUGCCCAGUGCAUUUUCUUUUAUUGCAAAAAGUCCAGUUUUUUGGGGGGGGGGAAGCAGGUUGCACAAGAACACCAAAUCUACUUUAAUUGUGCAACCUGAAUUUGCUGGUAUGUGAUUGAAUCCCACCCCAAAAUAGCAACAGUCUGAAAGCAUCCUUUGUUUUGAUUUCGGGAUGAUUUUUAACAAAAUUAAUGUAAACAUGUGCACACCUGAGAGGUUGGACAUGUGCCCAGAGGACAAUCCUCUGUUUGAAAGAGUUUUCUAUUUGAAGAGCUGUCUGAUCCAACUUUAGUUUAAAGAUAAGGUGCUAUAAGAUGGGAAGCUUGCAGGGGCCUUGAAAUCUGCCCAUCAACAGCACCUAGAUGGCAGUACUGACCAGGCGCACAGGCUGCCUGGUCGCAGUCUAUUCAACUAUGAUGUAUUAUAUUUCUACUUCAAUUACAGUAAUUAUUUCCAAAUUUGGAUCUAUACAUACAAAUUGGCAUGUGCAAAUAUUAUGCAAAUACAUGACCUCUUGUCUUUUUUUUGGGGGGGGUGAUGCAUUUCCUCUUUUUUGGCGAUGCGUACCUGGCCACCCUAACCCAUAGGGAGGGGCCAUAGCUCAGUUCAAACAUGCCUUGUAUGCAGAAAGUCCAGGGUUGAUUUCUGGAAUCUCCAGAUUAUUUUUUUUUAAGGAACAUGAGCAACAUAUGAUUGAUAAUAUCUGCCAAGGCCCUGUUGAGCUACUGCCACAUAAAACAGACAAUGAUUGGGCUAAGUAUGGUAUGAUUCAGUACAUGAUAGCUCCAUAUAUUCACUAGCUUCCCUUCCAUUCUACCAUAAAUGCUUGGCCAGAGACAUAAUGUGGCUGAAUAUGCAAUAUGAGUUGUAUUGUAGCUAUUAUGUAAAUGCCAUCAGUUCUGUUGUGAGAUUGAACAUUCUAAAGCUUUUAUUAUUUAAGUAAACAGUUACAAUUUACUAACAUGCCUGCUUCAGAGACAACUGCUCAGCAAGGUGUUUGCAGAGUAAAUGUAUACAAUUUACAGUUGGCAGAGACAAACCUUCCACAAUGCAUCAUGACUGCAUGGAAGGAAGUCCCUCAUGUAGUCAGUCAUCCUUGAUGUGAGCAUAGGAUUGUGUGCACAAGAGUGGCCAGAACUGAACUGUGGAAUAUUGGAAGAGAUGUACUGGUACUGUUAGGUACUUUUAGACCAUGGUGUAUGUGAGCGCUACAGUGCCCUUGAGGUCUUCCCCUGGCACCCACAAAGCCUCUGAGCCCUCCCCCCCCUUCACUACCUGCUUGGUCAUGGCAUGGUGUGGGUGAUUACCUUUUUCUCCCUUGAAAAGUACAUCGACCUGGAGGAGGGAGUCAGAACAGGGACACACUCCCCCACUUCCUCUUUCAACUUUGUGUGCUUCUCAAGGUCCAGGUUAAUUCAGCUGCAUCAGACUUUUACUCACAUCUCUGGGAAAAGUGAAGUGUGUCUCUGUGUAUGCUUCCUCUCUGUCUUGGAGGGGGUGUAAUCUGGGGGAGCAAAGUGACCAGAAUGGGUGGCACCCAUGACAUUCACUCAAAAAUCCAAAUGUUCUCCACUGGCCUAAAUAUGGUGAUCCAUUUUAGACUCUAGACUUAAUGGUCUUCUCAGGGGGGGGAGCUAUUUAGAUGGUAAUGUAUAUUACUGCACUCACCCCUGCUGUGUUUGCCCUCUCCCCUGCCCCACUCAUUUUGCUGAAUGGGACCCUCUGCCCAAAAGUCCUGCCCUGAUGGCAGGCACAAAAAUGUUUUGACUGGUUUACUGCAGCACUCUGAAGCUGGUAUGUUAGUGGCAUUUUUUAUCCAAAACCUGAUUUUGAGCCUCAGGCCACAGUUGCUUAACUCUUGCAGAGUUGUUGGGAAGGCAAAUGAGACAGUGAAUAUUAAAAGCCUUUGCAUGUUGAGUUGCUAUAUUAAGAUAAACAUUUAAUGUUCACGUUUCAAAACAGUAGAAUAUUUUUGAUCUCCUCUGGGAGAGGGACUCCUCAUAUCCUUUAAAAGUGCUUCCAGUUAAAAUAUCAUGCACUCCUCCAAAUUAUCAGUUCUUGGCAUCGAACAACUGUACACUAACAUGCAAUAAAACAGCUGACUUAGCGACUAGGGCAAGGUCUUUUGCUAAAAGUUCAUGGUCAAUAUUUGUCUUCUAGGCUGACUUUGUUUUACACAGACUUUUGUCGCUCCAGCUUCCAACAGAUGUGCUUUACAAAUUACAGCACAUAUUUUUAUGGAGCAAUAAGUGAGAUUUCAGAAGCCAUUUAACCGAUUGCUUUGUUUCCUCAGUGACACAUGUCAGUGCAAGCUGCUUUGGGAAGGGAGCUCUAGGUCAUAUAGAUGCUUUGCUUCAUUGUCCUUGUUUGCCAGUCUGUUUUCUUUGAACCAAAUGCUUAACUUCCACAUAACAGUUCUUCUAAUAAAUAUUA